AUGGAUGAGCUAGCUGUGCGAAUUAUUCUUGGUGAAAAAAUGCAAAUAUUUAUUGCCUUUGAUUCAAAACUCAAAGCCUCUCUCAGAAAUCUCAUAUCCUAUUCGGUGCACGUCUCUGAGGAUUACCCAGAUAACACCUAUGUGUCCAGCUCAGAUAAUGAUGAAGAUGUACUAGUUACAACAGAGCCAAUUCCAGUAAUUUUCCACCGAAUUUCCACAGAAUUGCGAAAAACCAAUGAUGUCAAUUGUUGUUUAUUUAUAAAGUCAAAAUUACAAAGAGAAAAUGGAGAGGAAUCAAGACACAGUAAUGUGGUUGAAGAAGAUUCAGAAGGAGACAAUGACUCAGAAGAGUUUUACUAUGGAGGGCAGGUUAGUUAUGAUGGAGAACUUCACAAACACCCACAGCUGGAAGCUGACUUGGCAGCAGUAAGAGAAAUCUAUGGGCCAAAUGCAGUAUCUCUCAGGGAAUAUGGAGCCAUUGAUGAUGUAGAUAUUGAUCUGCAUAUUGAUGUUAGCUUUCUUGAUGAAGAGAUUGCAGUGGCCUGGGAUGUAAUCCGCACAGAGCCUAUAAUUGUGCGUUUGCACUGUUCACUCACACAAUACUUAAAUGGACCUGUGCCCACCAUUGAUGUAUUUCAGAUCUCUACUAAGGAAAGAUUUGGACUGGGGCAUCAGCUAAAGAAAAUUAUGCAAACAUUUGUUACACAGCAAUGGAAAAAUGGCAAAGAAAAAUCAAACAGUAUGCACAACAAAAAAUUCUCAGAAAAGAAAGUGAAAUCUCCCCUGCACAUCUUUUCUACAUUGCGCAGGUCGCCGAGUUAUCCUCCACCAGGCUGUGGGAAAAACAAAUCAAAACUGAAACCUGAACAAGAUGGUAUCUCAAAAACCCACAAGUUAUUGAGGAGGACUUGUUCUAGCACAGUUAAAGCUGAGGACUCAUGUGUGGCAAAAUCUCACAGAACCUUUGGUCGCUCUCUGUCCAGCGAUCCUAGGGCUGAACAUGCAAUGACCAUUAAGUCACACAAACUGUUGAACCACUCUUGCUCUGCAACCAUUAAGCAGGAUGAAGGCAUCGCGUUAAAGUCCCACAAACUGCUGAAUAGACCAUGCUCUGGGGAUAUGCGAUGUGAGCACAACAGUACUUUGAAGCCCCACAAACUUUUAAGCAGGUCUUAUUCCAGUAAUCUUAGGAUGGAUGAAUUAGAUGGGUUGAAGAACCACAAGUUACUCAGCAAGAGUUAUUCCAGUGCCCCCAAAUCAUCUAAAAUGGAACUUUUCAAAGAACCCACAAUAACAGAGGGCAGGAGACUCUCUCUUACCUCAGGGCUUAUUGGUAUCUUAACACCAUCCACAUCUUCAUCAUCGCCAUCUGCUCCAAAUUAUGGUGCAAAAUCUGUUCCUAUAAGAGACCACGGCUUUCUUGUGCAGACAAUUGAGUUUGCUGAGCAGAGGAUACCUGUACUAAAUGAAUAUUGUGUAGUUUGUGAUGAACCACAUGUAUUCCAGAACGGACCCAUGCUCAGGCCAACGGUCUGUGAACGGGAACUGUGUGUAUUUGCUUUCCAAACUCUAGGCGUGAUGAAUGAAGCUGCAGAUGAAAUUGCAACAGGGGCUCAGGUUGUAGACUUACUAGUAUCUAUGUGCCGUUCUGCAUUAGAAUCCCCAAGAAAAGUUGUCAUUUUUGAGCCAUAUCCUUCAGUAGUAGAUCCUAAUGACUCUCAGAUGCUAGCCUUUAAUCCCAGGAAGAAGAAUUAUGACCGGGUCAUGAAAGCACUGGAUAGCAUUACUUCCAUAAGAGAAAUGACGCAGGCACCUUAUUUAGAAAUAAAGAAGCAGAUGGACAGACAAGACUCACUUGCGCAUCCUCUACUACAGUGGGUUAUUUCCAGUAAUAGAUCACAUAUUGUGAAGCUACCUGUGAACAGGCAAUUGAAAUUUAUGCACACCCCACACCAGUUUCUUCUGCUCAGCAGCCCACCAGCCAAAGAGUCCAAUUUCAGAGCUGCUAAAACUCUUUAUGGAAGUACCUUUGCAUUUCAUGGAUCGCACAUUGAAAACUGGCACUCGAUCCUGAGGAAUGGCUUAGUGGUUGCUUCCAAUACAAGGCUGCAGCUCCAUGGUGCAAUGUUUGGAAGUGGUAUUUACCUUAGUCCAUUGUCAAGCAUAUCUUUUGGUUACUCAGGGAUGAACAAGAAACAGCAGAAGGUAUCAGCUAAGGACGAGCCUGCUUCAAGCAGUAAAAGCAGCAGUGUAUUACAGUUACAAAAAAAGGGGCAGCAGUCCCAAUUUUUGCAAAGCCGAAACUUAAAAUGCAUAGCCUUAUGUGAAGUGAUAACUUCACCGGAUCUGCACAAACAUGGGGAGAUAUGGGUAGUUCCCAACACUGAUCAUGUGUGUACGAGAUUCUUCUUUGUCUAUGAAGAUGGCCAAGUAGGCGAUACAAGUAUAAACACUCAAGAGCCAAACAUCCAUAAAGAGAUCCUCCGAGUCAUUGGUAAUCAAACUGCUACUGGUUGAAAGGACCUCUUAAAUAGUUCUUGUGUUUUGGGAGCCUUCUUCAGUCUCAAAGCUGGAUUUUGAACUGAAGAAGACAUAGUGUAAAAUAU